UGUCUGAAAAUCUAAUACCGGAAAUACAGUAGUAGUUCUUCGUCAUUGGAAUGGAUGCAUGUUGUGGCUUAUUUGUCACCAAACGAGACCAGACAAGACGCGAGGGAGCUUUAUUGUUGGGUCGCUGUGACAGGAGGAGACACAAGCAACAGUGGUACGCUUUCAAGAAAUAUUUCCAAAAUAAUGAAACAACUUAAGUCUGGUCUUCUGAACAAGCAGGAAAUGAUUUCUAUGUAACAGUGUCCACUGCAACUGGCAAAUGGACAGAAGAGCACCAGCACACCCCAGCCUCAAUUCCUCCUAUAUCCCCAUUGGCCUUGACAACUCUACUUCAUCAGAAGAUGAGGAGAGUGAGGAUCAGACUCGUUCCUCAGCAUCUCUGGCCGUUCGCUACACUCCCGAUGACCGCUACUGUUUGGUCUACUUCAUCUUCUUCCUCAUGGGCAUCGGCUCUCUUCUGCCCUGGAACUUUUUCAUCACGGCCAAAAGCUACUGGCUUUACAAACUGCGCAACGGCACAGAGGAGCAGCGCUCUGACCUCAGUGACUACUUUGAAAGUUAUCUGACAUUUGCUUCUACUGUGCCUUCAGUGCUGUGUUUGAUUCUCAACUACAUCCUUGUGAAUAGGCUGUCUCCACAUCUGCGCAUCCUGUCAUCUCUCGUUGUCAUCCUGCUGGUGUUCGUCACGACGACUGUGCUGGUAAAGGUGGACGUGUCCCGCUGCAGGGUGGAAUUCUUCGCGGUGACGCUGGCCAGUGUGGCCGUCGUCAGCGGAGCUUCUAACAUCUUCUGUGGCAGCGUCUUUGGCAUCAGUGGACACUUCCCGAUGAGGAACUCUCAAGCCCUCAUAUCAGGUCAGGCUAUGGGAGGCACACUAAGUGCUGUAGCAUCAAUAGCAGACCUUGCACUCUCGGAGGAUGUGACAGACAGCGCCCUGGCCUACUUCCUGACUGCAGACGUCUUCAUCUUGCUCUGCAUCUUUGCAUACUUGCUGCUCCCCAGGCUGGCCUUUUCAAGAUACUACAUGAUGGCUGCGACGUUCACCAUUCAAGGAGAGAGGAAGGCAGGAGGAGCAACAGGACCUGCCCAAACACCUCCAUUGCGGCCCAUUCUCAACAAGACCUGGGUUCUAGGCCUGAGCGUCUUCUGCGUAUUCUGUGUGAGCAUCGUAGUGUUUCCCUCGGUGGUGUCUGGCAUCCAGUCCGUCAACAUGGACAACGGGAGCCCCUGGACCAACACGUACUUCGUCCCUCUCGCCGGCUUCCUCCUUUACAACUUUGCCGACUUCUGCGGCAGGCAGUCCACCGCCUGGGUGCAGGUGCCGGGCCCAACCAGCCGACUUCUGCCCGCACUGGUUGUGUGCCGGUCCGUCUUGGUGCCGCUCAUUAUCUUCUGUAACUACCAGCCCAGGGACCACCUCCACACUGUGCUCUUCACUCACGAUGUCUAUCCCAUUGUGUUCCACUGCCUUUUAGGCUUCUCUAACGGCUACCUGGGGACACUGCCGAUGAUCUACGGGCCCAAGGUUGUGCCCCGGGAGCUGGCAGAGGCCACUGGCGUGGUCAUGUCGUUCUUCCUCACGUUGGGACUCGCUGGCGGAUCCGUGCUAUCGCUUGUUAUUGUGCACGCUAUCUGAUUAUGUGUGCGUGGAUUUGGCUUUUAAGGAACGUUGCAAUAUGCACUAUCUCACAAGAGUGAGUUCGGAGUCAGCUCUGCCACAAAACAGGUGAAAAUCCGUGAGUGAUUGAUACACUAUAAGGUGGUUUAUUAUUUAGUAUUUCUGUAGAUGCCAUGAGAGGGUGCCAAAACAUGACUUUUGUCCAAGUGGAGUUCCUUAAGUCACCAUCUUGUCACCAAAAUGACACAAGAUAAUGAUAAAGCAAUAAUUUUAUUGCCUUGGCAUGAGCACAAAAUCAGCAAAUAGGUGUAUAAGUUAAAAAAAAAAUCUAAAUGCCAAACCAUGGUUUUUCUGUACAUGAUUUUUCAAGACUUUUUUUUUUUUGUCUUCAUCUCAAUGUAGUUUUACAAUAAAUGCUUGAAAAAGUGG